AUGGCCACCACCCAGCAGACAAAAGACCGCAUAACCUGCCACGUCCUAGACACCUCGGCAGGAAAACCAGCCCGCAACGUCCGUGUCCAACUCUCCACCGUCAUCCCGUCCCCCGCGACAACUUCAGGCGCUGCCUCGCCCAACACCGGAGCUCCAUCCGGAGGCAUCCUCAAAGAAUUCGAAUCCACCACAGACGAAGACGGCCGCGUCAAAUCCUGGCUCCCCUUCUCCUCCGCCACCUCGUCGGGCGAAGUCCCCGUCUACACCCUCGACGACGUCCUCGGCGAGAUCGAAGCCACUUCCACCGUGACAUCCUCCCGCUGGACUCUCACAUUCGACACGGCGUCCUACUUUGGCGGCGAGGACGAGACCUUCUUCCCCGAGGCCGUGGUGGUCUUCACCGUCAAGAGGGGCCAGCAUUAUCAUGUUCCGUUGCUGUUGAGCCCGUAUAGCUACACCACGUACCGGGGCAGCUAA